GAGAGUUUUUGGUGUCAGUCGGAAGAAGGUCUCCCAUGCAAGUAGCUCGAGAAGGUCUGGCAGCCGAGAAUGCGGCUUUCUUUCGCCUGGGUCGACCUCCUCUAAAGCGCUCGCGGUGGCAUCUGAAUUGAGAUAGCAACAUUCAUGGCAUCAUGCUUGUUGGAAGCUACUUUGCCAGUCACUUCAUCAUGGGAGGUGAGAAGUUUGAUUCUACACAUCCCGAGGGCUACCUUUUUGGAGAAAACAGUGAUCUCAACUUCCUUGGGAACAGGCCUGUAGCGUUUCCGUAUGCUGCCCCACCGCCCCAGGAGCCAGUGAAGACACUGCGAAGCCUGAUCAACAUCCGAAAGGACACAUUGCGCUUAGUCAAGUGCACGGAGGAAGUGAAGACUCCAGGGGAAGAAGUCAGCAAAGCCAAAGUCCAUUACAAUGUGGAAUUCACAUUUGACACUGAUGCCCGCGUGGCUAUAACAAUUUAUUACCAGGCUACUGAAGAAUUCCAAAAUGGAGUAGUGAGUUACACCCCCAAAGACAAUAGUUUGCAAUCGGAGACUGUCCACUACAAGCGAGGGGUGUGCCAACAGUUCUGCCUCCCCUCCCACACUGUUGAUCCCUCAGAAUGGACUGAAGAGGAGCUGGCCUUUGAUCUGGACCGUGAAGUCUACCCCAUGGUGGUUCUUGCUGUGGUAGAUGAGGGAGACGAGCAUAUGGGCCAUUGCCAUGUACUCCUGGCGACGUUUGAGAAGCAUGCCGACGGCAGCUUUUGUGUGAAGCCCCUCAAACAGAAGCAAGUGGUGGACGGAGUGAGCUACCUCCUUCAAGAGAUUUAUGGGAUAGAAAACAAAUACAAUACACAGGAUUCCAAGGUGGCAGAAGAUGAGGUGAGCGACAAUAGUGCAGAAUGUGUGGUCUGCCUCUCUGAUGUCCGGGACACCUUGAUCUUACCUUGCCGCCACCUUUGCCUCUGCAAUACCUGCGCUGACACCUUGCGUUACCAAGCCAACAACUGCCCCAUCUGCAGGCUGCCAUUCCGGGCUUUGCUACAGAUCCGAGCCAUGAGAAAAAAGCUUGGACCCCUUUCCCCAACCAACUUCAACCCUAUCAUCGCCUCCCAGACAUCCGACUCAGAGGAGCACUCGUCUUCAGAGAACAUCCCUCCGGGCUAUGAGGUGGUCUCCCUUCUGGAAGCCCUUAAUGGGCCUCUCACUCCAUCCCCAGCAGCUCUUCCGCUCCAUGUACUUGGGGACAGCCACGUGUCGGGCAUGCUGCCCUCAUAUGGCAGUGACGGCCACCUGCCUCCCGUCCGGACCCUGUCUCCCCUUGACCGCUUGUCGGAUUGCGGCAGCCAAGGACUCAAGCUGAAGAAGAGCCUGUCCAAGUCAAUAUCCCAGAAUUCCUCAGUACUACAUGAAGAAGAGGAUGAGAAGACCGGCAGUGAAUCUGAAAUCAGGAUUUCCAGGAGGAAGUCUCCUCGUCCUCAGGAAGAGGAAUGUGGUGUGACGCCAGAAAGUGAAAACCUUACCUUAUCCUCCUCAGGAGCAAUAGACCAGUCUUCAUGUACAGGGACACCUCUCUCUUCUACCAUCUCUUCUCCAGAAGAUCCUGUUAGCAGCAGCCUGGCCCAGUCGGUUAUGUCCAUGGCUUCCUCUCAAAGCCAGCACUCUGAGAUCAGCACUGACACCAUGUCUUCCAUGUCAGGCUCCUAUGUAGCUCCUGGCACUGAGGAAGAGGGGGACAUGAUCCCAUCGCCUGCUGUUGCCAGUGGGGUACCUUCAGAAGGAGAUUCAACCCCCGUUGAAUCUCCAGAUGAAAAUUUUGUCAGUAUGUCAGCAGAGGAACGAGACGCAGAGGGGAAUGACGUCAUGGAGGAAGAGGCUGGCUCCCCCACACAAGAAGAUGGCCAAAGGACAGGCGCAUACCUAGGUAUGGAGUGUGACAAUAACAAUGACAUUGGCAACGCAAGCGUGAAAGCACUGGACAAUAAGCUGUGCUCUGAGGCCUGCUUACCUGGUAUCCAGGCGUCAGCUGACAAUCUUCUGAAUCACAGCCAGACCCUGAGGCGCCACUUUUCUGCCAGCAGCAUCAACCUGGAGUACGAUGAAGAUAUGCAAUGCAUGCUGGGACUUCUGUGUCCUCGAUGAUGCUGCAUUGUGUGGAGAGAAAAAUCACAGCACUGAACAUGUUUCCCUAAAACACUUAAAGCAGCAAAGCUGCGGGCAUUACCCCUGUCAAACCCUGCAGAUGAUGUGACAUUGUUUUAAACACCACAAAUGGUAGCCAAGAAUCCACAUUGCCCUUGUAAUCAUUCUAUGUUAAAACGAACACACAGUAGGACUGGCUGAAUGGCUUGAGUUGGGUUCAAAUGAUGGUUGCCUCCAUAAACUUUGAUGCUUUGUCUCCUAUUAUCAUCUUGUCAACUCAGCAUUCCCUGUUCUCUGCUGAUCUUUGUCUUUAUGGUGUAACCGAAUAAUUGUUUGGUGAUUGCCAUAACACCCGUUUCCCUCUUUAAAAAAAUCAAGGAAUU